AUGGACAUUCCUGAACAUAUGUCAUCGAGGAGAGAAGGGUCAGCCGCCCCGCAUAAUUCAUUUACUGCAGAAGCAUCUCAUACACCUGUUGCAUCAUCUGGGGGUAGCCAACCAAUACAUAGGCAGGUUGAACAAGAAGUACAGGGGCUAGAAAUGAGACCAAUGGGUAGAAAUUUUAAAGAACUACGAAAGAUGGGAGCCGUUGACUUUGUUGGGACUACUGAUCCUGCCGAGGCUGAGAUAUGGUUGAAGAGGACAGAGCGGGUGUUUAAUCAGAUGGGUUGUAUUGCAGAAGAACGUUUUGAUUACGCAGUGUCUCUUCUUCAGGGCGAUGCUUACUAUUGGUGGGAGACUGUCCCACGAGCUAUAAUACAUCCUCCAGUACUCAGUUGGGAUGACUUCUUGAGAGAGUUCAGUGAUAAGUAUAUGCCACCAGUGUAUCGCGAUGAGAAGCAAAGAGAGUUUUUGUCCCUUAAACAAGGAUCUAUGUCAGUUGCAGAUUAUGAAGUGAAGUUUACUCAGCUUUCUCGUUAUGCAUCGGCAUUGCUACCUACAGAACAAGAUAAGUGUAGACGUUUUGAAGAAGGAUUGAUAUAUGAGAUAAGAAGCAAAAUCACACCUUCAGACCUUCGUACUUAUAAUGAUUCCAUUGGGUCAAAGAGGCGGACGUGCACCACCUUUCAGUUAUGA